UUCUUUGUGUACUUUUUCACAUAGCAAAACAGUGUAGUCUAUGGAGUGAGUGGUGUUAUAUUUGUCAAUUUCAUGACGCUAAAAACGUAAAUGUGUGAAAUUCAGGAUUAUUCUAUUGAGCAUAAGGAUAUUUAUUUGAAUAAAUAUUCGGUGUGCUUAGACAUGGAUCUGUACAUCACUGACUCACUCCAGGACAUGCUGGAUAUGGACAUCAAAAACGAAAUAGCGACAGACUUGAGCAGUAUAACAGAUUUUUCUGAUUCAUUAGGAUUAAAUUUCUCAGAAAUGCCACCGUUAUUAGACAUGGAAACAGAUAAUUCUGUGACGUGGCUGAAUAACUCUUCGAGUUUCGUACACAAUCUCGAUCUGUAUGGAUCGGAAGCGAACGCUGUCAUGGUCAAUCCGAACUCCGUAAUGCCGUCGACGUUCGCUGAAACUCCAGUCAAAAGUAUUGUAAAAGAAGAGGCUUCACAUUUGCUGCUCACUUCAGCUGCGAAUAACGAUCUCACCAAUAACACGUCGCUAUCGAGUCCUAAAGAGGAAAAAAGUCAUUUAACAUUCUCACCGAACGCCAUCAAGGUGGCUAAAGUACAGGAAUCGGAAGACACAAAAAACAAGAAGCCGAUGGAGGAGGCGACGCAGAUGGUCAUUUAUGUGCGUAAACAAGACAAGACUGUAGUCAAAGAUUUAUUAAAGGAUUUAGACACGAAUAAAACUAAGAGUUCAACUUUAACGCCCACCGUGAGAAUAAAGUCGAGUCAACAGGAAGUAUUAAAAAUAAAUAAUAAGAACUGUUCAGUUUUAAACACGAACCAAAAACUAUCACAGUCUUUAGGCACGAAAACUAUUAUAUCCGGUAAUAUACACAUAUUGGACGCACAGCAAUCUAGGACAAUUUUAGCUAAUGGUAACAAACAAGCUACGAUAUUAAUUGAUAAUUCAUCACUAAACAAUAGCAGGCAAAUAAUUAAGACCUCAGUAACUGGUGCAUUUACAGUAGACACUAGCCAAGCUAAGUACGUAAAUAAUUCAAGUAAAACAGUCGCGGGAGAGUUUCCAAAGCCGGCCUAUUCGUAUUCAUGUUUAAUAGCAAUGGCGCUAAAAAACUCGAGGACGGGAAGCUUACCAGUGUCAGAGAUUUAUAAUUUUAUGUGUCAACAUUUCCCCUAUUUCAAAACCGCACCAAACGGCUGGAAGAAUUCCGUAAGGCAUAAUCUAAGCUUAAACAAAUGUUUCGAAAAGAUUGAAAAACCAUCGACAAAUGGAAGUCAACGGAAAGGCUGUCUAUGGGCUAUGAAUCCAUCGAAAGUCGGCAAAAUGGAUGAAGAAGUCCAGAAAUGGUCCAGGAAGGAUCCUCAGGCAAUCAAGAAAGCUAUGAUUUAUCCAGAGACCUUGGAAGCGUUGGAACGCGGAGAGAUGAAGUACAGCGGGUUCGGCAGCGACAAUGACGCGGACGAAGAUAAUGAUAACGAUAAUGACACAGAGGACUUGGACUUGGAGAUAGACCCUGAGGUCAAAGAUGAAGAGCAGGAGGAACAUGUGCAUGAGGAAUCAGAUCAAGAAUUGGAAGUAGAAGAAGUGGAAGGAACGGGCAUGGUUGGGGCUUACCGCGUACUGGCUCCAGGGCUAUAUGGAGACCUGAGUGAUGUUGAGGUAUUGGAUCAGUCGUACGAAGAGAUCGACAUCGAUACUAAACCAGUAAAAUUAGACCUAUCUGUUACCGAAAAUUAUACGAUCCAUUCCGCUAAACGGGCAAAGACGAGCUUCAUAUACCAGCCGGUGACGUCACAGACGCACACGAGUCGAAGAAAGACGCCGCUCGUCAACAGAAUAGCGUUAGUUUAAUGGCUAAUUCCAUCCAGUGUUAUAAACUGAAGUGUAAUCUUAGCUGUGUUCUACGUGAUAGUCGGUACCAGAUAAGUGUAUUUACGUUUUACGAAGAUGCAACACUCGUUACAUAUCGUACACUGUAAAUUAAUAUUAUUAUUAUUUUUCGUAACAUUUAAGAUAUUCCGGUAGAUAUAUUUUUUGUAACAUCGUCUCGAUUCGUUAUCGUUAGUAGCCGUUCAGUACAAACCUGAUUUUGCUGUUCUACUCAUACGUAAUUUGUACAUUACUGAGUCACAAAAGUAUGACUAUAACAGCAAAAACUAUAGCGGGUAUAUAAUAAAAAAAAUCCCACCGCUUAUUCAUAUUUAUUGUAAUACAUUUUAUUUGUUGACACUGAUAGCUUAGAUCUGAUGUACAUUUUACGUCUGAGUCCAUACAUCCGUAUACAUUUGAAUUCACUUAUACAUAAAGAUUUAUUUAUGUUUAAGUGAAUUUGAAAUCAUUUAAUUCUGUUCCCGUAUGUACCUUGAUGUAUAAAAUCUACUUAUAUGCAUUGCUCAAAGGCUCAGAUCUAAUUUGUUAUUUUUGGUAAUACGUUAUCGAUGUAGUUGAAGCUAGAAUUCGUUUCAAUAAUAUGUUAACUAUACAAUUUAUAUAUAUGUAAAGAUAUUGAAGUGACUACAGUAUUGGGAUGAAGAAAUAAUUUGAAUUACACUAUAUUGUUUAAAUAAUGUUGAUAUGAUGUAUCAAUCUGAUAUUUUUUUUUGUAGUUUUAAGUAAACAUUGUUGUAUGUACCAUACAAUCAACUAUUCAUUACAUUUUUAUUAAAUGAGAAAAACCAAAAAUACCUAACUAAAUUAUGUUACUGAGCUAGCAUAAAACGUAGCGUUAGAGUAUUGUAAAUCGUAUCCUUAACAUAUAGUUUUAACAGAAUUGUGGAAGAAUGUUCAGUUCUAACUUAAUAACAAUAUUAAAUUAAUGAUUGAAUUCGAGAUUCUGUCAUGUUUCGGAUCUUAAAUGUUUGGUUGUGACUUAAUUUUCUAAAAUUUACGUUUUGAUUUGCUACAAAAAAAAAAAGAAAUUGUUUGUCAAAUAACAAAUAAAUCAAUGGUUUGCUGUACACAAUUUCUGAAACAGUUAGAACAUAACUAUUUACUAACAUUAGCUUAAUUAACAUUACUUAUCAACUUAACUCAUAUAAUUUACGAAUUAAAUGCACAGUAGCAUCUCAGUCACGACAAUUGAUUAGUUACAAAUCAAGAUAUAACUGUGCUUAUAAAUUUGUAUUAAUAUGCGUUUUGUCGGAACAGUUUUACAGAAGCCAUAGACUCGAAAUUUAAUCUAGCUACGUCUUCUAUAGAAAAUUUAGAUUAGAUAAAACUGUGAUAUGGAAUGUAUUGGUUGUCAUGAAACAAGAAAAGCAUGCUUUGGACCCAUUGUAUAUUUUAACUCUAUUCAUAUUAUGUUAAUAACAAAUAUGCAGUCGAGUUAAAAGUUACUGGAGUCUGACAGCACACGGUUACAAUUGAACCGAAUUACAUAAAGUUUGAGGGUUAAUGUAUGUGGUCUCUUAAAUGACACUAGGAAAAAAGGUAACAUUAGAUUGAAUGGUAUUAAAGUAGUUUGUAUCGAGAUAUAACUGUAUCUUAAUAAAUUUGGUCAAUUUUCUCGUCCAGUGAUGGUGUUUUGUGAGGUGACCGAUAGUUUUGAAUGGUAUGUUGAUAACUGUCAGUAGAACCAAUUUAUUAUGGGAAAUUAAUUAAAUAAUUUACUAUAUUCAUAUUGGGAUUACAGAAUUUAGACGUUUUUACAUAUACUUCAAUAAAUAAUAUAAAAUAUGUUUGAUAUUGAUAGUGUGCAAUUUUGUAAAUACGGACAUAUGAUGUUAGUAUAGUACCUUGCUUAUAAUUUACUAACGCUUUAAUACAAAAUUAAGGUUUAAUAUAAUAUUGUCUUUUGUAACAAUAAAAAAAAAACUUUUUUUAAAACAUUUUUCAACAAUACAUUUAUAUGACUAUAGAUUAUUAAUUAUUAUUGUUCCCCACAAUAGCCUAGUAUGUGUAUACAUAAGAAUGUAUUUUUCCACUGCCAGUAUUUCAACAUCCAUGUUAUUUAAGUUUAGUCCUAAGGGUAGAGGAUAGUUUAGUUCUGUAGUAGUAGAUUAAGUGAGCUAAGUUGAAUGAUUUUUAAUAUUUUUUUGGUAAUAAAAUGAAAUUAAUAUG